AUGUAUGGAUUAAAUGCUGCCCCAGCUAUUUGGCAGCGCUAUGUUGAGGGAUUAUUUCAGGGGAUCGAAGGAAUUAAAAUUUUUAUGGAUGAUGCUCGAGUGACAGGACCGGAUGAUCAGUCUCAUUUAAAAGCAUUGGAAAUAUUUUUCAAAAAAUGCAAGGAGCACGGCCUAAAAUUAAACUUAACUAAAAUGGCUACUUUCAAAUCGAAAAGAGGACUUCCUAUCCUCACAGCCAUCCGACUCUUACAUUAUACACUGAUAUUGCAAGUAUAUCAGUUUGAUAUUGUGUAUCGAAAUACCAAGGAACACGGUAAUGCUGACUACCUGUCGCGCCUACCUCUUAAGUCCGAAGAUUUAAGCAUUAAGGAUGAUGUUGAAAUAUUCCAACUCUCCCAAAUUGAAACUCUUCCGGUAACAGCUAGGGAGAUAGCUCGGGAAACGCGAGCUGAUGAAGAAUUAAAUAGUCUUUAUAUGAAAUUAAAAUCUGGAGAAAGUUUGGAAGGUAGGGAAGCAGAGUACACCUUACAAGAUGACUGUAUAAUGAGUGGUCAGAGGGUAGUUGUUCCGAAAAAACUCCGAGUUAAAAUUCUCGAAGAGUUACACCAAGGACAUUUAGGAAUCGUUAAAAUGAAGGCAAUCGCCAGAUCCUACGUCUUUUGGAAGGGAAUUGAUCAUGAUAUUGAAGAAGUUUCUAGGAACUGUGUCGAUUGUAUUAAGUUCAAAUCAGAUCCAGUAAGGGCAAGGGUCCAUCACUGGGAAUAUCCAAGUGCGCCUUGGGAACGCAUUCACGUAGAUUUUGCAGGCCCUAUUUUUGAACGAAUGUUCUUGAUUAUCAUUGACGCACAUUCUAAAUGGCUAGAAGUGUAUACCUUAAAGUCAACAAAUUCCUUUCAGACAAUUGAAUGUUUGAGAGACUGUUUUGCAAGAUACGGACUGCCUUUAGUAGUAGUGAGUGACAAUGGUCCUCAGUUCACAUCGGGGGAAUUUGAAACUUUUAUAAGGAAUAAUGGAAUUAAACACAAAACGUGUGCUCCAUUUAAACCACCGGCAAGUAACGGGCAAGCAGAGCGGUACGUUUACACCGUUAAACAAGCAUUACGUGCAAUGCAAGGUUAUCCAGGAAAUAUUAAGCAAAAACUUGCCAUAUUCCUCAUGAAUUAUAGAAAGGCACCGAACAUGACAACCUUGUUAAGUCCAGCAAUGUUAUUCUUAAAAAGAGAAAUUAGAACUCGAAUUGAUUUAGUUGUUCCAAAUCUUAAACGAAGAGUGGAAGAACGCAUCCGAAGGAAUACUUAUGAUUUCAAAGACAGAAAUUUUGAGAUCGGAGAAAAGGUUGCCAUUCGGGAUUAUAGAUCGGCAAAUUCCCGAUGGAAAAUUGGCAGAGUGACAAACAAGGAUGGAGCGCUGCAUUAUACCAUUGACGUUCAAGGAACUUUACUGCGCCGGCACGUCGAUCAGAUCAGAUCGGUAGGGAGCGAGGUUCCGUCUGCACCGGUAAUCUAUGAACCUCGUAUGGCUGCUACUUCAGAUGGCAACGUGAAGCCACAGGCUCCGGACAAGGACAUCGAACAAAGAAGUGAAGCUUGUGCAAACUUCAGCCGGACUUGA